AUGAGAGCAGUAAGUGCCAUCCUGCUGCUGGCCUGCUGCGUCUGGGCAACCCACGCCCAGGCCCAGAGUAGCCAGGGCAACAGUAACCAAAACAACAACGACAGCAGCGCCAAGCAACGCGGCAGCAUCUGGGACGAGCCGAUCAAGUUCAACACCAAAGCCAAGGACGCCUGCACCAUGGUCAUCUCCGGACAGGGAGACUUCACCAAGCUCCGCGUCUCCUGCAAGAACAAAGGGAAAUCCUACUGGUGCGACUAUCUGGGCAAGCCUAAUCUGUGCCGCGCUUACAACAACAACCCCAGACACUACUUCACUCAGAUCAUGUGGGAGAUGAGGAAACAGCAAAACGCUUGCCAGGGUCCACGGGUCUACAAGCCCCUCAUGUGCAAGCUGGCCUCCGACGAAGCCCAGAUGGUCUUCCACAACUCUUGGCCCAAGACCACCACCCCACGUCCCGCUCAGAACCAGCAAAACCAGCACCAGCAGGGCCAGCAGAACCAACAACAAGGCAAACCCGCCGCUCCAACCCCUAAGCCUCAAGCACCAAAACAGCAGAAACCCCAGCCUGCCAAACCCGGUGCCAAACCGGCCAAACCCGCAGCCAAACCGGGCCAGCAGCCCCGUAAGCCGACCAAGACCACCACGGCCCGGCCGACGACGGGCGGAGAGAGCCGAGCUACCAAACUGGCACAGGAGUACUGCUGGAAGAGCUUCCACGGCAUCUGUGCCUAUUUCAUCAGCUGGUUCCAGAACUAA